AUGACUUUGGAUGCCGAAACCACCAUAAUAGGGACCCGAGGCAUGAUCAGAAAUCUUGCCGGCAAUGACUGGAGAGGGAUCUCCGACCCCAAGAAACGGAAACUCCUCCAGAACAGGUUGAACCAGCAAAGAUAUAGAGAUGUUGAUCCUUUGAUGCAUGCUCCGGUAUUGGUGCUUGACAAAGCGAACGCAAGUGCUGAUGGGAGCAAUUUGGCUGGCGCAGAAGAGCGGCAACGGCAGGCCAAAGUGGCCAAAGCGUUUGGGUACCACCUGAGUUCGAAGACACGCCACACUCAAGGGAGUCAAAAUGAUCGUGAUCGCUCAAUACCUAGAGAGAAUCUUCCGGUCAGUGUCAGCCCUGGACUCGCGUUCGAUGCUUUUGUGGACCCAGCUGUACGGGAGGUCCUCCUCUUCGCAAGAAACACUCUCUGUCCGCGCUUUUCAUCCGCAUCCAGGAUUGGACAAUACUCAGGCUUUACGCAUCCACUGAGUGAGAUAUGGUUUGACCGUGUCCUCACCGUGCCGAUGAUGCGUAAGGCUGUCAUCAUUGGAGCAUGUAUCGACCUUGAGCUCCUAAGCAGUCGACGGUACUCGUCCAUGAUCCUGAGUACUGUGGUGGAAUUGAGUCGACAAGUCAGAAUUUUAAUUUCGCAACUGCCUUUGAGUCAGCAGCUGGAAGAUGGAGGGCAUAAACAGGAAAAAUCUCGACGCCCAAUUGGAAAUGCAGGAGUAGAAUUACAGUCUGUUCAAGCAGAACAGAAAAUUCCAGAUGACCUCCUCUUUGCCGUGAUGCAUCUCGUCAAAGCAGCUUGCCCCAACAUCCUUUCGGGCCGUCUUUCCCUAGACCCACCCGGCGCCGGAAACAAUCUAUUCGGCCUUUUUACGCCUCCAUUGUUCCUCCAACAGCUUCAAUUUCUGCAUAUAUGGGGUCGUUCUUGCCCGUACCAGCAAGCUCAGGGUCUGUUUGAUGGACAGGCUGAAGUCCAUCAUUCGGCACUGGAAUACCUGGUGAGUUUAAAGGGCGGGCUUAAGAAUGUUCGGACCCCCGGUUUUGCAGAUUCCUUGCAUCUGUUCGAUGUUCUUGGAAGCGCGAAACGUCUCACCAGGCCAAAGUUCGAGCUCCCACAACGGAGCUAUUGGAUGGUGGAGCAUUUACAAAGCCUGAAAAAAGCUCAUGGACAGAGGUUUGGCGGCUUGCGCAGUAUACUUGGAGAGUCAACAUUAGUGGAGAUCUUACAGGACCUUGACAUCCUUUCGUCUUGGGCUUCUCUAGCUCUAACCUCUGAUGAGCCGCAGCAACAAGGGGCUAAUCUUCCCGUCGUUCAUCUCCAUGGAAAGCACAGUCCAUCCACCGAGGAUUUGAUAUCUCUGAGGAAUUUUGUUGAGUAUCGCUUACUAUCCUACUCACCUGAAUCCGACAACGUACUAGAAUGCGUGGUUCAAACAGCCGCAUUGAUCUUUAUGCAUGGAGUCAUCUUCCCACUACCGAGUCAACCCACCAGGAAGGAACUUCUCACCAGGAUGAUUGAGAACAUCUACACACAUGAUAAUCUUUUCGGAAAUGGAAUCUAUAGCCUUGAUUAUAACCUCUUCAUGAUUUGGGUGCUCACAAUGGGUGUUAUGGCAACUUCUGACAAAGAUGUCUUGGAAAGAUCCUUCUUCGUCGAGCGCUUAGCAUCCUUGUCUAAUGAGAUGGGGUUCCUGAGUUGGCAGGACUUCGAUAAUGUGCUGAAAGUUUAUUAUUGGGUAGAAUGGGGAUGUCAAGCCGGAGGAUUGGAGGUGUGGAGGAUGAUAUCUGGUCGAGUCGUUCGGUAG